GCGAGGCCUGCAUGCAGAUGCGUCCUCCACCUCCCUAGUGCGCGCUGAGGUUAGGUGAGGCUGUGGUGCAGGGGCGGGGGAGUCGGGGCUGUGCUCGCGAGAGCCUCGGAGCCGCCGGGGAGAGCGUGGAGGUACAGCGAGUGCCUGGCUCGGGCCGCGAACGGUUGCGUCCCGCUGGGAAGUCGGGGGCCUAAGCGGGGCCCUUGCAGUAUUUGGCAGCGGAAGAGCGGCGUGUGCGUGGAGGGGGGGCGGCUAGUCCACUCCACCGCCCCGCUUCUCCAUGCGGCUGGCGGCGGUUAGCAGGGCUGGCGCGCUGUGCGCCACGGGCAGCGCGCGGUGCUGAGAGGCCGCGGCCAGGGGAGACGAUGGCCAAAUGGCUGAAUAAAUACUUCAGCCUGGGCAAUAACAAGACCAAGAGUCCCCCGCAGCCUCCGCGGCCCGACUACCGAGAGAAACGCAACGGAGCCAGCAGUGCGCCCCGCCCCGACGGGCCGCCGCACCUUCACCACCACACCUCGUCCGGAUUUCCACACCGCCGCCUGCGCGACGACACCGGUGACCUGCUCCGCGCCUACCGCGCCCAGAAAGACCUCGACUUCGAGGACCCUUACAGCGGGCCUGGCUCGUCCCUGCGCAAGUUGCGUGCCAUGUGCCGCCCGGACUACUCCGCACCCGACGACCUAGGCGAGGCAGCCCCAAAGGCUUUCUCCUCCUCAUCGUGCUGCGCCGUGCCCCCCAUCACCUGCGCAGCCAGUUCCCCCCACCUCUUUCGCAGCCACAGCGAGCGACGCCCAGCAACACCACCCAAUGUGAAAUACAUCUCCCCCAAGCACCGGCUUAUCAAGGUCGAGAGUGGCAGUGGCAGCAGCAGCGAUGGUGCGGGCAAGAAGCUCAACAAGAGCUCCAAGCAGCUGGUGACCUCUGUUCCUUCUGCCAUGAAGGAUAAAGUAUUGAUAGCUGAUGACUACUCAGAUCCAUUUGAUGCCAAAAGUGAGAUGAACAGAAUGGGAAAAGGGGAGAACACUGGCUAUAUGGAACCAUAUGAAGCCCAGAGAAUAAUGACUGAGUUUCAGAAGCAGGAAGGCAUGAAAUCCCAUCAAAAAAACAUGCAGCUCUAUGACACACCCUAUGAACCAGAAGGCAGAGGUGUGGAAUCUGAUUCUGAAAGUGUGGUGAGUCACCAUUUACAAGAAAGCAAAUUACCACAGGAUGAUGACAGGCCUGCAGAUGAGUAUGAUCAGCCAUGGGAGUGGAACAAAGUCACCAUCCCAGCUCUGGCAGCCCAAUUUAGUGGAAAUGAGAAACGGCAAGCAUCUCCUUCUCCCUCAAAUGACCAGCGCAGGCAGUUAAGAGCACCUCAAGGAGGCUUUAAACCCAUCAAACAUGGCAGUCCAGAAUUUUGUGGGAUCCUGGGAGAGAGAAUAGAUCCAACUAUUCAACUGGAAAAGCAGAUAUGGUAUCAUGGAGCAAUCAGUCGGACAGAUGCAGAAAACCUGUUACGUUUAUGUAAAGAGUGUAGCUACCUUGUAAGAAAUAGUCAAACAAGCAAGCAUGACUAUUCUCUUUCACUGAAGAGCAGUCAAGGUUUUAUGCACAUGAAACUGAUGAAAACCAAAGAGAAAUACAUCCUGGGUCAGAACAGCCCUCCCUUCGACAGUGUUCCUGAAGUCAUCCAUUACUACACCACAAAAAAGCUGCCUAUCAGAGGAGCAGAACACUUGUCACUGCUCUACCCUGUGGCUGUGCGGACCCUCUAAUAACCUAGUCUCACCCCUUCCUGUGGAUGGGAGGUGAGAGGUAAGCUGGGUUGCACAGAAUUCGGUGCUUAAGUCUGUGAUGGAGAGUGGCAGCCUUUAAUCUUGGCAAUGUGUGAACUCUGCAGAGUUGUGUAUGGGACUGUGCAUAUGGUACUCUUAUGCUGCAACAUGCCUCUAGAACUGUGCUUCUACAUAAAAGAAAGAAAUCUUGUUUUAGUGCAGGGAGAACAGAUAACCUUCCUAGUGCUUCUCUGGGAAGGUACUUCCCAAUGAAAGUUCUUAUGCCGUGUUUUGAGCAGAAUCAAAUUCUUCUCACCAGCAACUUUUAUUCUCUUGCUACCCUGAGAAACUUCACCAUGUGAAAGAAUAACCUGCCUCUGAGGGACCGUAGGGUGUUCUUGGUGGACCUGAGAAGGAGCUGCUUAGCGGGCAAGUCCCUGAGGCUCUGGUAACUUAGCUUGGUGGAGUUUUUUAAUGCAGUUUUUUGGAGUAGUCAAAUGUUGAUCUCCUAUUUUGUGAGAGCAAUCAUGGUCAAUUAUUUAUGAUUAGGGAAUGUAAUUAAAAAGUAGUUUGUUAUAUAUUUUUAUCCUAUUUGGUACAAUAAUCUCUUAAGGGUUACUGUCUUCAUUUCCAAGUUUCAUUCGUAGAUGCAGGCAGCUAAUUGUGUUUGGGGCAGUUACAUCAUAAUGUUUUAAGUAGUUGAGAAUGAGUAAUUUUAAUAUGUGGGUUGGUAUUUAUGCAUGAGAGUGGUCAAAGGCUUUUAUAAAGCUUUAGUAGGCAAAAUCUUCACUUGCUUAUUCAUCUGCAUAAAAAAGUUGUUCCACAGAGGUAGCAGACUAAUAAGUGUGUAUCACACUGCCUUUUCAUAAGAUGACUUUUGCAGCUGUGUAAAUGAGAACUGCAGUAUGUAGCAGAGCGGAAUUUGGUUUUGUGGUGUACCAAGGCAUUCUUAAAUCAUGAUCCCUUGACACAUAUAUUCUGGCUAGUGUUCAUUUCCACCACGAGCAGAAGCCUUGUGCUGUAUUUCAGUCACUGUUAGCCAGAAGCACUGCAGAAGCCACUCUGUACCUUAGCCCUGCCAACUCAGUGCCCAUCCACUUGAGAGAUAUUUUCUACAUGGUCUCCAUGCUUGUUGAAUGGGAUAAGUGAAAAAAAUAAAAUUGUGCAGAAAUUGGACCUGGGGAACCAAUAGACUGGUAGUCCUUGCUUUGUGCCAUCUCCCACCUGUGUCUAGAAUGUUGUGUGUUAACCCAUCAGCUGUUGUAAUAGCAAACUGAUUAUGUGCAGUUUAUGUAUUUUAUGGACUGCAAUAGGGCUGUGAAAUUUUGUGUUAUUUAAUUCAGCAUUCUUACCUACUGUUCCCUUUUACAUAUGCUUAGAAAUGCAAAUCUGAAAAUUGUAAUGGAAUAACCACUUACUACCUGUAAAGUAGUGCUUCAUUGUAUUGUCUGAUCUGAUAAGAACCUCAAGGAUGUCCCAUAUAAUGUCAUUGGUAAUGAAUGUUCUGCUUCCUUUUAAGCCUGCCUUGUUCUUUAUAUGACAUCCAACACAGUUUGAACAGGAGUGCAUCACACAUAUGUGAGGAGCUCAGUGUCAUUCUGUGCAGCAACAGUAGCGGGUCAAGCUGUCCCUAUCUCACCUAGAAUUUGAAGCUGCAUUGAACGAGGUUCUUAAAAGUUUUCUGAGAGAAGGGUGGCACCAUGGAGUAAAAAGAGACAACAUUCCUCUCCAAGUGAAACCAGACAUCCCCUUUUUCAUGUACAUGCACCUUUUUUUUUCCCUUAAGUCUGUGCAGAAUUCUUCGUUCUCCUCUUAACAUCACCCAACUGGCAAGAGCAUACAGGCACUUUUAAGUUAGCAUAUUCUUCUCUCACCAGAGUAGGAGUUCAUGAAAGUGGCAGAGCUAUCAGAGACUAGGAAUCAGAUUGGAUCUGCUGCUUAGAGUCUCUGCCUGUGUGGGCUCUGGCAACUCCAUCAUGCCCCUUAGGACAGAAAUGUGACAUAUUUCUUCCUUUGCAUGUUGAAGUCCAUUUUUGAGAAUCUGGCAUUGUUGCUGUUCUAUGGCCUGUUUUGCUUCUUCUGUAAUGGAAAAGUGAGCCCCUGCUCUCUCUAAUAGCAAUUACCAGUAGAAACCAACAUUAUCAUUAACCAAAGUCUUGCCAGGUUUCCUUAAGCACAUUGUCUUUAUCUCAUGGAGAUCACUGUUGUACCAAAUCUUUCUUGUCAUGGGCCUGAUCAAAAGUCAGCUGAAGCCAGCAGGUGCCACUUUAUUGCUGUCUGUACAUUUUGGCUUGUGAUCCCGUGCUUCAUACAAAUCAGGUCAAUAUGCAUCAUACAAAUGUGUAUACAGUUUAUUACAGCUUCAAGGAUCAGAUUCAAUCCUGAUUCUUGGUUCAGCAUGAGAAAAUCAUCUCAGAAGAUGUUGUUUGUCUGUGGGAAAGUUUUUUUAAUUAUUUUUAAGAAGACUUUAAGAAAGUACUGAGUAAUUGCAGAAUAAAUAAAACCAGGAUUUUGUUUGCACUGUAAUGUUGUCUUUAUUUAAGUGAUUGUAUGAUAUUUUUCCAUUGAAGGAAUAUUCUUCCCAGGCUUUGCAUUGUACAGUGAAAAAUACUGUGUGUUGCAGUGUGUAGUAUUGC